UGGGCCGGCCCAUCAAGUGUUUUGUCUAGGGUUUGGAUCAUUUAUAAGUUUAUCCCUGAUCAACACCAUAGCUAGGGUUUCUGAUACACUUCACUUCUUCAACAGCGUGUGAUUUCGUUGCCUCAUUCGCCACUCCAUUCUCAUUCUGCAAUCAUGGCUGAAGUUGCUCAAGAACCCGUUGUUGUUGUUUCAGAUCCCUCACAGAUCGAAGUCAAACUCUUUAACCGCUGGAGCUUCGAUGACGUCCAGCUCUCUGAUGUGUCUUUGAGUGAUUACAUUGGAGUUCAGGCAUCCAAACAUGCCACAUACGUUCCUCACACUGCUGGUAGAUACUCUGUUAAGAGGUUUAGAAAGGCUCAGUGUCCCAUUGUGGAGAGGCUCACAAACUCUCUCAUGAUGCACGGUAGGAACAAUGGAAAGAAGUUGAAGGCUGUUGGAAUCAUCAAGCAUGCCAUGGAAAUCAUUCAUUUGCUAACUGACCUGAACCCGAUUCAGGUCAUUGUUGAUGCUGUUAUUAACAGUGGUCCCCGUGAAGAUGCUACUCGAAUUGGUUCCGCCGGAGUUGUGAGAAGACAAGCAGUUGAUAUCUCACCCCUUCGCCGGGUUAAUCAAGCUAUCUAUCUUCUCACUACUGGUGCACGUGAAGCUGCUUUCAGAAAUAUCAAGACAAUUGCUGAAUGUUUGGCUGAUGAACUUAUUAAUGCAGCAAAAGGUUCAUCCAACAGCUAUGCAAUCAAGAAAAAAGAUGAAAUUGAAAGAGUUGCCAAGGCAAAUCGUUAAGCAGCUUGUGACAGCAAGCACAGUAUUGUCAUCAUCAGAUUUUGUUUUUUCAUGUACCUUUAUUAAUUGUGUUUUUGACUUUAGUUUCAUAGCUUUUCACUGGCGUACAUAACGAGUAAUUUUCUUUCUUAAACGUGAAAUCUGUUUUCCUAGACCAUGAUGUGUUUGAUUACCUUCAUAAAUUAUAAUAUGAUAAUUUGAAUGA